AUGCGAGUCCGCCAUAUGACUGUUAAAGACGUAUAUUACGUCAAAGAAUGCAACAGAAGAAACCUUCCAGAGAACUAUCAUAUUCUAUUUCUGUUGUAUAUGCUUGUCAUGUAUGCCGAUUCAUGCUUUGUGGCAGAGAACAAGAAAGGUGAAAUUAUAGGAUAUUCCAUAGGGAAAUUAAAGGAUUCUUUAGAAAAAGACGAAACCACAAAAACAGAAGACACUUCUGGUUAUAUUUUAUCAUUGGCCGUGGACAAGUCGUACAGGGGUGUAGGACUGGGUAAGAUUUUAUUCAGUUUAUCAUUAUACAGUCUAAUAAACAGAUUAAAAAAGCAAGCAAGAAUAUUUAAAGUGUACUUGAAUGUAAGAGAAACAAACACAGCCGCAAUUACUAUGUAUGAAAGAGUAUUUCACUUUUCAAAGGAAAGUGAAGAGAAGAAUUAUUAUGCAGAUGGAGAGAGUUCUUUUCUAAUGAGCAGAGUUUUUAAUAUAAAUGAGAGUGAGUGA